CUUCACAGAAGCAGCGCCCUCUAAAGAGACCCUGGAUUGGAUGAAUUUUCUCUGGCUUCUUUCAUCGGCUUGCUGGUGUUUAAGCAGACAGGGAUAACUGUCAGAUGAUUGGAAAGGGAGAAAUAACUAGCUAACUAACUAUGGUGGAGAAUCGGUGCGACUUCCAACGCUGCGCUUGACCUUUAUUCGGGACAGAGUGGCUCGAUCAGCUGAUGUCUCUUUUAGCCGGGUAGCUGCCAUUUUCAGGUCAAUCGAGGUAUCUUUCAAACUUGUCGCGAGCUUAAGAUGGCAAGCUAAAUAAUUAAAUGUACACAGCUCGAUAGGAUGGAAAUGGAGAGGAAUACGACGUGUCUUCUAUUCGGUGGUGGUAUAAUUUGAGUUAUAAUGGCUGAUACAAGAGGGAUGGAAAGAGGUAGACUAAGGAUUACAUCAGAUUCCUCUCCUAGAGGCGCAUAUCCACAGCAGUACAUUCACCCUGGCACUCAGCAGGGCAUAGACAUUCAAGAGCUCGCCUCCAAGCGAGUCGACAUUCAGAAAAAGCGUUUCUAUUUGGACGUAAAGCAGAGUGCGAGGGGGCGAUUCCUCAAAAUCGCUGAGGUCUGGAUCGGGAGAGGCAGACAUGAUAACAUCCGAAAGAGCAAGUUGACACUGUCUAUGUCAAUGGCACCCGACCUUAGGUAUUGCCUUGGAGACUUCAUAGAUUAUUACGCUCACAUUGGGCUGCGCGGUGGCCAGGUGCCACGACCAGAGGAGCAAAGCAAUGGCCAAGGCCGUUCGCAUGAUCCCCGUAGAAGACAGCAGGAUCACGCACCACCGGUCUCUCCCACCGGUUCAGCAGUAUCGGAAGAGCCUACCCAUCGGGUUCUGAAAAGUGAAUUAAUCGAGAGGGACAACCGCAAAUACUAUCUGGACUUGAAAGAGAAUCAACGGGGUAGGUUCCUGCGCAUCAGGCAGAUUGUCAGCAGAGGACAUGGGACCAUGGGAUACUACGGACAGGGAAUAGAGCAGACGAUAGUGUUGCCAGCACAAGGGCUUAUCGAGUUCCGAGAUGCACUCUCACAACUGAUAGAGGACUACGGCGACGAAGAAACAGAUGAACGUAGUAGAGUUGCCAGGAACAACGACGAAUCUCCCGAGCUUCCCGAGGCAGCAUCUUUCCGAGUUGAUAAUAAGCGCUUCUAUUUCGACGUAGGUUCCAACAGGUACGGUGUAUUUUUAAAGAUAAGUGAGGUACGACAGCCAUACCGUAACACUAUCACCGUUCCUCUAAAAGCCUGGUCUAGAUUUGGCGAAAACUUCAUUAGGUACGAGGAGGAAAUGCGGCGGAUUUUCACUUGCCACAAAGAGAAGAAGACAGAGAAUCGCGCGGAUAGUGAAGAACAAGAGGAUUGAUGACAGCACGCGAUGGUUUGAUUGAGGCCCCUGAGAAAAUCGGAAUAUGACAGUAACCUCUAGUUUAUACAUGAUCCCUUUUCAGAUAAUUUACCUCUAAAUCUACUGUAUAAAACUGUUCUUCUAGUUGUCCUUAUUUCGUUGAUCUGUAGGUCAGUUAAAGUAUGUUAGAAUGAGCAGGCCCAAGGCAAGAAACCGAGACCAUUUCAUGUAUAGGGGUUUGGGCAUGCUUAAAACGGUAAAUAUUUGCAGAAGAAGAAAUUACCUCAAAAAUAAAUUCUCCCCACAUAAUGGCCUAAAAUUUCGCCUGUUCGAUUGAUUAUCUAAAUACUAUUGAUGCUUUAUCUGAUGGGUUUUGAUAUAACAUACCUGUCAUUCAUCAGGCGUGUUCUUGUGUAACCGUGAAUAUGACAAUGGCAAUGCACUAGGCGCACAGAGUGCUAUAGAGUUGUCAUUAUUCGAUUUGGAGUGAUUUCUCCACACUGAUAGCCCUACACCAUGUCAAUUUAUAUAUAGUAGUCAUUUAUUGUGAGAUAAUGAAUAAUAUAAUUAUAUAAGCAGAUGGCAAUCAAGAGAAAUGUUGAUCAACGGUGAAAGUCUAUUUGCCUUGGUUUCUCUGCUGCUAUGAAAAUAAUGCCCAGACCAAGAAUAGGCUUAGCUCACAAAGGCUAGCAGCAGUCGCUCCAUAACAGGUUAACAUGAUGAACAUUCUGUCCUUGUAGCCUUAACAAUCUGCUUUUGGUGGCGUGGUGUCUCCUGAAUGACUAAGCAUCGCAAAGCCUUUUACUAAACUAUUUGGAUACUUGAAAGUAAUGUGAUCUUGCCCCUCAACGUUAGUCAUAAAAAUCAUAGCAUUGUAGUUAGCUUUGGCAAUUAUAAGUAGUCUUGCAGUACAGUUUUUUUUUUGUCUUUUUGUAGAAUUUAACCGUAGCUGGUGAAAUUAUGUGCAAUGUUUGAGCUGAGCAUUUUUGCCCAUGCUCUCGACUUCGCUAAAACGCCAAUGAAAAAACUUUCCUCAGAAGAUUUAACCUUUCUUUUGUGGACAGUGUAAAAAAAAAUUAUGAUCCAUACAUGUUCAGCUUCAUUCAAAACCGCAAAACCGGAACUGGUGAGCCCCGGUGACCUAAAACGCUGAACCUUUUUGGGUUGCUGUGACAUACCUUAGUUUCCGGUUCGUUACCAUAUUCCAAUUUUGUAUGAAGCUGUUCAUUUUUAUACUGAUAGUGAUAAGUGCUUUUCGACCUAUCACCAUUACCCUCAAAGCGCCAGCAAAACAAGACCUUCCAAGUAGGCUAAUAAGUCAAUGGACAUCAUGGGUGGGUUGGGUGAGGCGUGGAGGGCAUUAUACAAUGACUCAAAUAGAAAAGGUUCAAGUUGGGUCAAGUUCUGCGGUUUGGCCAUAAGAAUAGUUUUGUCCCUUAACAGAAUGGUAAUCACAAAUGGUAUCACAAAACACAAUGACCGCAAGAACCCCCUCUGAUCUAUUUGAAAGAAAUGCUCAUUUUUAAUUGGUUGUCAGGCUAUUAACCUGGUGCUAGGUAGUGUAUGUUUGCGUCCAUUGGAGGGAAAGUGGAGACACCAGGUGAAUAACAACAAGAAGCUAUUAAUAGAAACAGCUGAAUCAUACAUACAUACAAACAUACACACAGCAUUACUGUAAGAAAGAACCUAAUGCUGAAAUGUGUUUAUUUGAUCUUGGAUUGGGAGUACAGGCAAUUCAAAGUCGACUUUUUCCUCGUCUUUUCCAAUAGAGAAAUAAGUCUGAAAGUAGAAAUAUUUUACAUUUACAAAGGGGCUAAUGGUUUGCUUAGUCUGUGAAUACACAUAAAUGUACAUUUUAUCAUCACAGUGAUAUUAAUGGGUACACAUAAACACUCACCUGAUUUAUACAAUAGAUUCUAUUAAGGGCUUCAGUGCAUUCAGUAUAGUUUUGUAAAAGGGCAUUACAUUCUACCUGAUUCCUCUGUUGGACAGAGCGAUGCAUUUUUAGUAGGAGUCCACCUCUGUGCUGUUUUUUUUUUUUUUGUAGCACUGAUCGCAUCUGCUAUGAGAAACAGAUGAAUUGAGUGCUCUGGAGAGAAACGUGCAUUGACCUCAGCUCUGACUUUCAUCAUCUUUACAACUAUAUAUAUAUAUAUAUAACUUUUUCAUGCUGUUAUCAAUGUUAAGUCCAAGUUGGUUCCCAAUUUAAAAAAAAUGUGAUACUGUAAAGAGUGACCUAUGUUGUAGCUCUAUGUCUGUUCAUAUGGAUUGCCAACAGAAGACACAAGAGUAGGGAGUGCUUUAUGUACUUUGAAUUGGGCCCCGCCAUAGCCUCUGGUAACGGUAGUAAUAUUUGAAAUUCACAUCAGUUUUAGUCAUCAACUCAAACACUUGGUG